AUGGAGAGGUCACAUCAGGAUACUUCCUUGUCCAGAAAAGAUGCCUGCACUCAGACUUACCCACCUAAGAGGAGGAUCAGGCAUGCCCAAGUGCAGGAUGCAGGUCAGCUGAAGCUGUCCAUUGAUGCCCAGGAUCGAGUUCUGCUGCUGCACAUUAUAGAAGGUAAAGGCCUGAUGAGCAAGGAGACUGGCACCUGUGAUCCCUAUGUGAAGAUUUCUUUGAUCCCGGAAGACAGCCAGCUAUGCUGCCAGACGACGCAGAUCAUUCCAGACUGCAGAGACCCAGCUUUCCACGAGCACUUCUUCUUUCCUGUCCCAGAGGAGGGUGAUCAGAAGCGUCUUCUGGUGACAGUGUGGAACCGGGCCAGUGAGACCAGGCAGCAUGUGCUCAUUGGCUGUAUGAGCUUCGGGGUGAGGUCUCUCUUGACUCCGGACAAGGAGAUCAGUGGCUGGUACUAUCUGCUAGGGGAGGACUUGGGGAGGACCAAGCACCUCAAGGUGGCUAGGCGGCGGCUGCAGCCCCUGAGAGAUGUGCUGUUGAGAAUGCCGGGAGAGGGGGACCCUGAGAAUGGGGAGACACUCCAGAUCACCAUCCGGAGGGGCAAAGAAGGCUUUGGCUUCACGAUCUGCUGUGACUCCCCGGUCCGAGUCCAGGCUGUGGAUUCUGGGGGCCCAGCAGAGAGGGCAGGGCUGCAGCAGCUGGACACGGUGCUACAACUGAAUGAGAGGCCCGUGGAGCACUGGAAAUGUGUGGAGCUGGCACACGAGAUCCGGAGCUGUCCUAGCGAGAUCAUCCUGCUCGUGUGGCGUGUGGUCCCCCAGAUCAAGCCAGGGCCAGAUGGCGGAGUCUUGCGGCGUGCCUCCUGCAAGUCCACACAUGACCUCCUAUCACCCCCUAACAAGAGAGAGAAGAACUGUACUCAUGGGGCCCCCACACGUCCUGAGCAGCGCCACAGCUGCCACCUGGUGUGCGACAGCUCUGAUGGUCUACUGCUUGGUGGCUGGGAGCGCUACACUGAGGUGGGCAAGCGCAGUGGCCAGCAUACCCUGCCUGCACUGUCCCGGGCCACCACCCCUACCGACCCCAACUACAUCAUCCUGGCCCCACUGAAUCCUGGAAGCCAGUUGCUGCGGCCCGUGUACCAGGAGGAUGCCAUCCCUGAAGAACCUGGGACUACCACUAAAGGGAAAUCGUACACUGGCCUGGGCAAGAAGUCUCGGCUGAUGAAGACAGUGCAGACCAUGAAGGGCCAUAGCAACUACCAAGAUUGCUCAGCCCUGAGACCACACGUCCCGCAUUCAAGUUACGGCACCUAUGUCACCCUGGCCCCCAAAGUCCUGGUAUUCCCUGUCUUUGUGCAGCCCCUAGAUCUCUGUAACCCUGCCCGGACUCUCCUGCUGUCAGAAGAACUGCUGCUCUAUGAGGGGAGGAACAAGACUUCCCAGGUGACACUGUUUGCUUACUCGGACCUGCUGCUGUUCACUAAGGAGGAGGAGCCAGGCCGCUGCGACGUCCUGAGAAAUCCUCUCUACCUCCAGAGCGUGAAGCUACAAGAGGGUUCUUCGGAAGACUUGAAAUUCUGUGUGCUGUACCUGGCAGAGAAGGCAGAGUGCUUAUUCACUUUGGAGGCUCACUCACAGGAGCAGAAGAAGAGAGUGUGCUGGUGCCUGUCGGAGAACAUCGCCAAGCAGCAACAACUGGCUGCAACGCCUACAGAGAGGAAGAAACUUCACCCUUACGGCUCUCUCCAGCAGGAGAUGGGGCCAGUCACCUCCAUCAAUGCCACCCAGGAUAGAAGCUUUACCUCAUCAGGACAGACUCUGAUUGGCUGAGCAAGCCCAAGGGCGGGACUAUGCUUCUGGCAACUUUGGGGCUUCCCCUAUCACACAGUAACCUCAUCUCAACUGGACCCAAAACAGAAGACCAAGAUGGUGGGCCUAGGGUCAUCUGGAGGGAGUGGUCCCAUGGGUGUUUGUGGACCUGGCAACAGGAGGAGCAGUGGUAUGAGGGUUUGUGCAGACUGGUUACCAGGAAAUCCUGGAUGGAGAAACUCCAAAGCAAGCUCCCUUUAGGAGGCUAAAUGGCACCUGGGGACAGCAGGAAAGAGGGCACUCGAAUAGAAGAUGAUGCCUGUGACCCAUUCCUGCCGGAAGACAUCUCCUCUGCCCACUCCUAUUUCAAAUGGACACCUUUACUUCCUCAGUCAGCGGUUACUGGGGGCCAUCUCCUUUGUGCUGGUGUAUGUGCUAGAGGAUACUGUGCUCCCAUCAAGAUCCCAGCCCUCCCCGUCCCGGUAGGGAGAGAACACCAAAUAAACCAACACCGAUACAUGACCACACACUGCAAGAGCCUGGACAGAAACAUCACAGAUGUCUUCAGACAGGGCAUUAUGUCUAGUCGAUAUGUGUGGGGUGUGAAGGGGAAAGGCGCAGUGCGAGCUGAGGCCUGUGAGCUGGAAAGGAGCUAGCCAGCCAAGGACUUUAGAGAGAGCAUUCCAGGCAGUGGACAAAGCACAGGAAGAGAUGAGGAGGAGGGAGCAUGGUGUGCUGAGGAACAGAGGGAGGCUGGCGCAGCUGCAGCUUUGUGAGGAGGAUGAUGGAGCCAGGCCAUUCAGGACAUAGAUGGUGACUGCUUUGUGGAUUCCUUCCUACAGUACAGGAAGGCAGGCUUGAGGAAGGGUGUCACAGACUCCUCUGGUGCAUGUCUACAAGAUCAGAUUGCAGUUAGGAGGGCCCCAAGUGGCUGUGAGACUGGUUAGGGUUCCCCUUCAGGCCUCCAGGGUGAGGGAUGUUGGUGACUUGUUCUAGAGGGUGCGGGAUGGUAGGCUUUGGAAAGGUAGGCUCUGGGAUAAGGAGUAAUGAUUGCUCACCCUUGCCUGCCUGUGUGCUUCACUGGGUCUUGCUAUCUUGGUGGUAUGAGAUUUGAGGUCUCCCUCCUAGGGACUCCUCUGCUCAGGCCAGAGCAGGAGGCAGUGUUGAGCUUUUGGGAAUAUCCACGGGUACCAGAACAGUAAAACUUAAUUUUCCCAAGAUGGGAAUGUUCACAUUUCCCCUGCUCACAGGCUCUGCAGAGAAUCACCUGAGUUUGUUCUACCUUUCAUGCUAAGGGAAGGAAGCUGGGGCCUUGCACUCUGAGAACUCCCCGUUUUUGCUUUCUGUAGGGCUUCUAAGGGCCAAGGGCCAGUGGCCAGAGCCAGGUGCAGCUCAGCAACCUUCACAGAGACAAGGUGAAAGGAGUCCUGCCCAGGCCCCGUGAUGAGAGCUGGGCUCACUCCCAUCCACCCAGCUGGGGCUCUGGGCUAGGGAGCUCACCCUUUUCUAACUGUAGAGAUCUCAAGGCUGUAGAUCAGAGGGACAAGGGCCGUAUGCUACAGAGUAUUUGUAGGUUUAGGUACUGAAGGCUCAGAGACCGAAAGCUGAAGUAAUGGCUAAGGCCAGAGAAGCCCCCGACCUCAGUCAUAAGGACCUUAAGGAAGAUUCUUGUGCUCUUUUGAGUUUGCUAAACUGCCAGAGCUACCUGAACCCCUAAAUGGUAAUCCGGGAGAGAAUAUGUCCCUUAUUUUCCAUUUCUCUUCCAACAUUGGAAAAGUGAGCCAUGCUGAGUUAUCAGUCUAACAGGGAAUGGGAUGAGUCUGCAGGAAUCAGGCUAAUGCCCAGCCCAGUGAAGAAAGAUUGGCUUGGUUCAAGGGACAUGUAGCACUGCAACACCAGCCAAAGAUCAGCCCAGAGGGUGAACCUGAGCAGCUGGGUCUGUGCAGACAGCAAACUACACUUUGAUUUCAUUUGAUUCUCUCACCUAAUGAUCGUAAGGUCACGAAGCACAGGAGAACCACCUGUGUGGGAAGCCAGUAAUCUCGCCUCGCCUGGGUCUGCGAACCGACCUCUGUCUGACAGAUGGGUACAGAAGACAAGAAGAACUCUUGGCUCAGAAAAAUGGAGGAUCUGAACAUAACACCAACCCUGCAUAUGGGCCGUUCUCCCCAAUAAGCUCCUCCUGAGUAGAACAGAUUCUCCCAUCAAGCUCCCAGGCCUGCUGGCUGAUGGGGAAGAGGACUGGUACUCCUGCCAGGUCCUGGGCUAGCUUGCUCAGUGACUGUGGUGAGCCACAGCACUAUGGCCAUCUUGCUUCAUGAAUCAAUGCGACAAUUAAUUUGGUGUCAUGGGUCCCAAGAAGAUGAAAUAUGACCUGGUGGCCUCCACUCUUCAGUCCAUCCCAGCUGUUCAAGAGGAUGAACGGCUCUCAACGUUGCCUCUGAGGGUCAUAAUCACGGGAAACAUGGCCGGGCUCCUCCCUGUCACAUAAAUCAUACUAAGAAGCACACAAUGACUUCUUUCCUGAUGGGCUAAUUGUCUUGGGUGGUGUCUCUGGCCCAGGAGCUGGGAGGAUGGAUGGUAACACAACCACUUUAUUGUUGAAAGGCCAGCUGUGAGAUUUGAAUACAAAGUGCCUCUUUUAGUCUCCAGUGUG